GUUUCUGGGGUAUAAAAGCAGACCAGCUCACCGCGUUGUGACAUGUGGUUCUGACAGUCGUGUACAGAGAAGCGAGUGGCUAGGCUGCACGGAGGACUCAAGCUACAAGCCGAAUCAUCAUUUACCCAAGCCAUCACAACAUAUAUUGAGGUUUAAUUGAUGACUAUGGACAAUACGCAGCAAACAGAGAAGGAAAGUCCGGAGGAGAGAUUUGAUUUCUUCCUUCUCGGCAUACAGAAGAAGGUGCAAGAAAGGGGGGCUCCCUUCAUCAGUCAGAUGGCGGCCUCGAUGUGGGAGCACAUGGCAGCGGACGAGAGAUGGGGGUAUGAGGAACAGGCCCGAAACAAGGAGCACAGACUGAGCCACGUGGAUUUUAGUAACGCAUUUCGGCCACGGAGGACAUACUGCGCAUGGCUUGAGCGACUGCUGAACCAGGCUAACAGACAGAACAGGAUGUUCAGAGAGAUAGAAGAAACUGUACGCUCGCUCAAACACCACAACUCACUGAAAACCCACCUGUUCCACCUGGUGCACGUCAACUACUGCUGCAAGGAUCGCAGUGGCAGGUACCUGGGCUGUGAAAUUGCUCUCGUUGAGUUCAGUUUUGUGGACGGCGUUACGAAUAAUUUCCAUGCAUUCAUUAACCCCGGUGACAUUCCUCUUGGCUACGCUUCUCAGGCAUUCAAACAUGCAACAGAAACUCACCCGAUUCCACUGCCUCCAGACGGUUUCGGGAGUGAGUCACAUCAUCAAGAAAUACUCAGCAACAUUAGAUUUUUUCUAAUGGGAGAGGACGGAGACGAAACAAACCUGCCGCCUCUGUAUACGUCACCAGGAGACAUCGAAGCUGUUGAAAGCGUUUUGUGCCUACUGAAUGAACACCCUGGUCAGCAAAUGAAUGCAGGAAGAGACAACUUCCACGUAUACUCUGUGUGCAAACUGUUUCACGAACUCCGGAAUGCAAGCAUGGGUGUUCCAAGUGAUGUGAUCUUGCCUCCCAACUUCUUGGAUGAACGCGAGCUGAUUAAAAAAGACUUGAAAUAUGCGGAGGGAAUCUCACGCGACUUCCAUGAACUACAAACAAUGCGACACUGCAGUCUGUGGCAUUUGCUGAGUUGGAGUACCUUCAUUGUGGAUGAGUGCUGUGGGCCGCUGGCGAUAGAAAUUGUUCCAGAAAAACAUCUCACUUUCAGCUCCUAUCUUACCACGCACGUGAUUCGCUGCUGCAAUCAGAAAAUUGUCCCUAAGCAACAGCAGUGAAGCAGAAUAAACCAGUACAACAAGUGAGCGCAGUAGGAGACUUCCGGCCAAUGUUACAGCGGCCCGUGCGUCCUCUCCGCAGACCCAGAGACCCCAAUGAAGUGAACUUGAUGCGUGCCCUCUCCAAGCAGUGAGAACAACUGUGUGAACAUCACUUUCUCCUAACCCCAGUGAGGCAGAGGCUACCCCCAGUUGGCCCCAGACGUAGGGUUGGCACC